AUGGCCGAUCACAGAGCACCAAAGGUCAAAAACAGGGCCGCCGCCCCCGUACAGAUCACCGCCGAACAACUAUUGCGAGAAGCCCAAGAAAGACAAGAAACCGGUCACUCAGCUCCUCGUCAAAAGGUAGAAGACUUCGAGGAACUACAUGAAUACCGAGGACGCAAACGGAAAGAAUUCGAAGAGGUCAUCAGGCGAACUCGACAAGACUUAAGGGCAUGGACGAAAUAUGCCACUUGGGAAGCUUCUCAAAAUGAAUAUCCACGGGCUCGCAGCGUGUUCGAACGUGCCUUGGACGUGGCUCCUACUGCCGAAAAGUUAUGGCUAACAUACUGUGAAAUGGAACUCAAAGCGCGGAAUAUCCAACAUGCUCGUAACCUGUUCGAUCGAGCAGUCACUCUUCUACCCCGGAUCAAUCAAAUAUGGUAUAAGUAUGUUUAUCUGGAAGAGCUCUUGGGCAAUAUUGCUGGUGCACGCCAGGUCUUUGAGAGAUGGAUGGCAUGGGAACCGGAUGAGAAGGCAUGGAGUGCGUACAUCAAAAUGGAAGCCAGAUAUCAAGAACAUGACCGAGCCAGUCAACUUUAUGAAAGAAUGAUUGCUUGUCACCCCGAUCCUAAGAACUGGAUCAAGUGGGCCAAAUUCGAAGAAGAUCGCCAAAAGAUUGAUCGAGCCCGCGAGAUCUUCCAGAUGGCAUUUGAAUACUUUGGCGAAGAGGAAGAAGAUCUCGAACGCGCGCAGAGUAUAUAUACAGCAUUCGCAAAGAUGGAGAGCCGGCACAAAGAGUAUGAUCGAGCGAGGACCAUUUAUAAGUUUGCCCUCGAUCGACUGCCCCGGUCCAAAUCUAUCGGCCUAUAUGCUUCGUACACCAACUUCGAGAAACAGUUCGGUGAUCAUGCGAACAUAGAAUCCACUGUGCUUGGUAAAAGGCGAAUUCAAUAUGAAGAAGAGCUUUCCCACAGCAGUCAGCUCAAUUACGAUGUUUGGUUUGAGUAUGCUCGCUUGGAAGAGAGUGCACUGAAAUCAUGUGAUCAUGAUUCUCCUGAAAAGGCUGUUGAAAGAAUCCGGGAGGUUUAUGAAAGGGCGGUAGCUCAAGUACCCCCUAGUGCUGAAAAAAGGUACUGGAGACGAUAUAUCUUUUUAUGGCUAGGGUACGCCACUUUCGAAGAAAUCGAGACCAAGGACUAUGACCGAGUCAGGCAGGUGUACGAAGCCUGUCUAAAGCUGAUCCCCCACAAAAAAUUCACAUUUUCUAAAGUGUGGGAAAUGUAUGCACACUUUGAAUUACGCCGCCUGAACCUUGACAAAGCCAGGAAGAUCUUAGGGACUGCCAUCGGCUUGGCUCCGAAGCCGAAAUCAUUCAAAGUUUACUUGGAUAUGGAGCUACAACUGCGCGAGUUUGAUCGAUGUCGAAAACUGUACGAAAAAUUUCUCGAAUUCGAUCCUACUUAUCCAUCAGCCUGGAUUCAAUUUGCAGGACUGGAGCGUGGCUUGAUGGAAACUGAACGUGCACGGGCUAUCUACGAAAUGGCAAUCGCUCAGCCUGACUUGUAUGAUCCUGAAUGUGUUUGGAAGGCAUACAUUGAUUUUGAGGAAGAAGAGGAAGAAUGGGAUCGAGCUCGGGCGUUGUUUGAGCGGUUGGCGUUGGCAAGUGGUCAUGUCAAAGUGUGGACCUCCUGGGCUAAAUUCGAGAUGUCAACAGGGAAGGCUAUCUCCGAUAGAUACCUGGGCUUGGAUGGUGAGGACGAGGAAGAAAGCCCAGAGGAGCCCAUCGAAAAAGACGAAGUGGCUGCGGAAAAAGCACGUACUGAUGGGAUCAGGUUGGCGAGGAAAGUCUUACAGAGAGGAUAUGAAGAUAUUCGCAAGCGAUGGAAAAAUGAGCCGGAGGGUCCGGUUCGCGACAAUCUCAAGGAACAGAGAUCGAUCAUUUUGGAUCAUUGGAAGCUACUGGAAACUGAGAUUGGGGAUGAGGUGGCACUAUCCAAAGUAGAGGCGAUGAUGCCGAAGCCGAUGCGACGAUGGCGAAAACUGGAUGAUACCGGCGACAAAGAGGAAUAUUGGGAUCUUGUCUUUCCAGACGAUGAGAAGGAACGCAAUCCAGGAACAUUCAAGCUUCUCCAAUUGGCCCAUGCUUGGAAGGCUAAGCAACAAGAACAACAGCCUAAUCAUAAUAAUCCUCCUCAAGCGGAACCCACUAAAUCGCCUCCUGCAAUUCAGGUCGAUCUUGCAGCCGAAGACGCUACUCAACAGAAUGCCUAA